AUGGAGAGUAAUGAGUUACCUCCAAAUAAUGGACAGCACCAGCGUCCACAUGACAGGACCGCAGAGAAGGAAGAGAAGGGGGACGUCGACAACUCUUUGAAUAGCCCGAAAAGAGCUUCAGGUGCGAAGAAUGACGCCGAAGGUUCUGCCUACCCAUCACCUGCAGUAAACACACCUGAGGCUGAGAGCGCUGCUGACGAUCACCCCAAGGGGGAACCUGUUGAGAGUGCUGCUCAGGCUGCAGUUGAACAAAGUGGUGCCGUGCAAUCACAGACAUCAUCCGCCUCUACUUCUACGAGUGCCACGGAAAUCACAGGCAACAGCAAGCUGAGCAGCAGUCCGUCGACCGACAAGGGCCAAGACUCGAAGGCGGUGGACAGCAGCAGCGUUCCUGUGUGGGUGCAUGCACCUCCGCUGCUGCUGCUGCUAUCUGUGAUGUGGCUGGGUGGUCUGGCUNACAGAAGCCACAAGCAGCAGCCAGCCGAGCAGCAGUCCGUCAACCGACAAGGGCCAAGACACGAAGGCGGUGGACAGCAGCAGCGUUCCUGUGUGGGUGCAUGCACCUCCGCUGCUGCUGCUGCUAUCUGUGAUGUGGCUGGCUGUGACUGCUGUGUGCUGAGCCCCGCCACUGGGGACGCGGGGUGUGGUGCCCCACGCUGUGCGCUGCUGUUUCAUGGUGGAUGUGUUUCUCCCUUCUAUUCGUAA